GUGAAGAACAAGAAUCCCAUCUCAAAUAUAUUUGCAUUUUGUCUUUAUAAAUGUGUGUGUGUGUGUGUGUGUGGAAAGCAAAGUUAAUCUUAAACUAAUCAAACAUUCUCCGUCAUCGAUACAAGUUUCGUACACUCAAACCCAUAAAGCAAAUAAUGUAUUCCAAAAUCUGAUCACAUGCCAUUCAUGCUCACCCAACCCCCAUUCCAACAUUUUGCUAAAUAUAAAACUUCACACGUGUUUACCUAUUUAAUCCACAAGGACCACAACUGACAUACCCACCCACCAUUCCACUAAUUUACCUAUUUAAUCCCCAACUAAAGCAUCACUCACACAAAACACCUGGCGAGUGAGAGAGAGAGAGACAUUUGAAAUAAAGUAUGGGUUCUAUUGCAGGAGGAGAAUCAAAACCUCAUGCUGUGAUGACUCCAUUUCCAUCUCAAGGACAUAUCAACUCAGGGUUGAAGCUGGCAAAACUACUUCAUCUUCGAGGUUUUUUCAUAACAUUCAUCAACACUGAGUUCAACCAUAAACGCUUGCUGAGAUCAAGAGGUGUCAAAAUGCUUCAAGGCCUCUCAGAUUUUCAAUUUGAAACCAUUCCAGAUGGUCUUCCUCUUGCUGCUGAUGACGAUGCCACUCAGGACAUACCCUCUCUAUGUGUCUCUACCAGAAAGAAUUGUCUCAUUCCCUUUCAAAACCUUCUUGGUAGACUCAGUGAUUCUGCCUCUCAUGGCCUUAUCCCUCCAAUCACUUGCUUGGUUUCUGAUGCUGUCAUGUUCUUCACCAUCGAUGCUGCUCAAGCACUUGGACUCCCUAUUGUUCUCCUCUGGCCUCCUAGUACUUAUUCAUGGUUGGGUUUUGCGCACUAUCAAAAUCUACUUGAUAGAGGGAUUGUACCACUGAAAGAUGAGAGCUAUCUAACAAAUGGGUACCUGGAGAUAGAAAUAGAUUGGAUUCCAGGUAUGAGAGAUAUCAAGCUAAAGGAUCUCCCUACCUUAUUGAGGACGACAAAUCCAAAUGAUCUCUUGUUUCAUUUUCUUAUUGAAAUGGCGAAUGAAGCUCAUAAAGCUUCUGCCAUUUGUUUCAAUACAUUUGAUGAGUUUGAAGGUGAGGCAGUGAAAGCUCUUUCAUCCAUUUAUUCUACUCCACUUUACACCAUAGGCCCUUUCACUGCAUUUUUAAGCCAAAUUGAACAAAACAACCAGUUGGAAUCUUUGAACUCUAGUCUUUGGAAAGAAGAGACUAAAUGCCUCGAUUGGCUAGAACUCAAGGAAUUAGGAUCUGUGGUUUAUGUGAAUUUUGGAAGUAUCACAAUUAUGUCUUCAGAACAAUUAUAUGAGUUUGCUUGGGGUUUAGCUGACAGCAAAAAACCAUUCCUAUGGAUCAUAAGGCCUGACCUUGUGAAUGAUGGCUCAGUAAUCGUAUCACCUAAGUUCCUAAAUGAGACUAAAGAUAGAGGUCUCAUGGCAAGUUGGUGUGAACAAGAGAAAGUGCUGAACCACCCUUCAAUUGGAGGGUUCUUGACACAUUGUGGUUGGAACUCCAUGACAGAAAGUGUGUGUGCAGGAGUUCCUAUGAUAUGUUGGCCUUUCUUUGCUGAUCAACAAACAAAUUGUAGGUAUGCAUGCAAAGAUUGGGGUAUUGGAGUAGAGAUUGAUAAUAAUGUCAAGAGAGAAGAUGUAGAGAAGCUUGUGAAUGAAUUGAUGGAAGGAGAGAAGGGGAAGAAGAUGAGGCAAAAGACUUUAGAGUGGAGGAAAAUUGCGGAGGAGGACACAAGACCUGGUGGUUCUUCCUACAUCAAUUUGGAAAAGAUGAUUAAAGAUGUGAUGAUGAUCAAAACCAAAAACUAAGGAAAUACCUUGAAAUUAAAGUUUAACUUUCUAUUCAUGUUGGUGAUUGAUGAGAACUUGUUUUCAGAUGUUUAAAUGUAAUAAAAAUAAAAUAUGUUUCAAAAUU